AUGCCUCAACUCGAAAGACUCUUCGCAGUGACAAUCUGCGCCAAACGCAAGCCUGGCAUGGAAGAAUCGGCCUACCAUGACUACAUCUCGCAAAAGCACGCCGGGCAUCUCAACGACCUCCUAGUGAAGAACAAGAUCGUCGACUACACGAUGCAACACAACACCUCCCCCAUGGUGCAAGAUCUCGACAAGCUUUUUCCAAAUCUGCCAUCGGUCAAUCGUUCGCCGUACGACGCAUUCGUCCAGAUCGUGUUCCGAGAUGUGCAGGAUUACAUCAACGUCAAGGAUGACCCACACUACAUGAACGUCGUCAACCCGGACCAUGUCAAUUUCGCGGAUGGACCUGGGACGAUGAUGUCGUUUGGCUGGUUCGAGCGUCAUGUGGCGGAUGGGAAGUUGAUCCAGGAGUGA